AUGUCAGAAGAAGAAAAGAUUGUACAAACCUUAGAAGAAGAUGAUGAAUUCGAAGACUUCCCGGUAGACAGUAAAUGGACCGAGAAGAGUGGAGGUAUUAGUGGAGAAAGUUUGUGGGAAGAAGAUUGGGAAGAUGAUAAUAGUGAUGAGUUUAGUGAGGAGUUGAGGAAGGAAUUAGAGAAGAGUAGGAAGUAG